CACACACACACAGCUUCUUGGCCGCCCUGUUUCCUGGUGCUCUGCUCUCUUGACCCCAGUGGCAGUCCCUGUCACUGCACUGCUCUGCUCCCUCCUCCAGCUCGCCUCUCGCUCUCCUUCUCCCUCUCUCCCUCUCCCUCUCUCCCUAGCUCUCUUUCUCCUCAGAUCGAGGCUGCUCUCAUUCCCUCUCUCCCUCUCAUUUCCAAGGCAGCCAGCCGGGGGACCUCCAGGGUCGAAGGUUCUGCCCUGCCUCCCCCAACCUCCACCUCCCAGCGCCUCUCUGCUUCUCUCCCUGGCUCCUUCUCUCCCUGUCUCUAACCAGCUCUGUCCAAGUCCCCUAUGGAUCGGCUCCUUUCAGAGCACUGAAGGCAUCUCCAAGACCCACAUCCCAGCCAGAGAAAGAAACUCACGGCCUUGAUGAGUAAGUCCCUCCUCGGGUCCCAUCUUUGGCUGCAACACACAAUGCCUGCCCCCAUCCUUUGCUCCAGAAAGUUGUGAAUUGCUCAUGACUAUAAGGAGGAAGGAUGGCACAUGGGAUCCCUUCUCAAGGUAAAGUCACCAUCACCGUGGAUGAGUACAGUUCAAACCCAACCCAGGCUUUCACUCACUACAACAUCAACCAGAGCAGAUUUCAGCCUCCACAUGUACAUAUGGUCGACCCUAUCCCAUAUGACACUCCAAAACCAGCGGGCCACACACGGUUUGUCUGCGUCUCAGACACACACUCCAGAACAGAUGGCAUCCAGAUGCCUUAUGGGGACAUCCUUCUCCACACAGGCGAUUUCACCGAGCUGGGACUGCCCUCAGAGGUUAAGAAGUUUAAUGACUGGUUAGGAAGCCUGCCAUAUGAAUAUAAAAUAGUGAUUGCUGGGAAUCAUGAACUGACAUUUGACAAGGAAUUCAUGGCUGACCUUGUUAAACAAGACUACUACCGUUUUCCUUCAGUGUCCAAAUUGAAACCAGAGGACUUUGACAAUGUUCAGUCGCUCCUGACAAACAGUAUUUACUUGCAAGAUUCGGAGGUAACAGUGAAAGGGUUCAGAAUAUACGGGGCUCCAUGGACGCCGUGGUUUAAUGGAUGGGGCUUUAACCUACCCAGAGGUCAGUCUUUGCUGGACAAGUGGAACCUCAUCCCAGAGGGAAUUGAUAUACUAAUGACACAUGGCCCUCCUCUUGGUUUUCGAGAUUGGGUCCCCAAGGAGCUUCAGCGAGUUGGCUGCGUUGAACUGUUAAACACGGUGCAAAGGCGAGUACGACCCAAACUCCACGUCUUUGGUGGAAUCCAUGAAGGUUACGGCAUCAUGACAGACGGUUACACAACGUACAUCAACGCCUCAACGUGUACGGUCAGCUUUCAGCCAACCAACCCUCCCAUUAUAUUUGACCUUCCAAACCCUCAAGGAUCAUGAAGCACUCUAAAUGCCCCAAUUGGAGCGAUGGAAGGAAGGUCGAUAAACUGCCAUUUUUCUAAUUCUAAACUUACAUUCUCUUACAUGUUUCUUUCCAAAUUCUGUGAGGUUUUUGUAAAAUUGCUGGUACAAAAAUGACGCUAGAGGUUGUGCUUUUUUUUUCCCUUUUCUUUUUCUAUUUCUUUCUUUAAAAAAAAAAACUUUUUUUUUUUUGGAAAUGCGGCAUUUGUUUUAAAUCGAUAAAGCAUUGUGGAUUUGUAAAAUGACUCCUGUUUUCUCAAUGACCAUGCCAUUGUAAAUCAUUAGUGUUCUUCAAAGGACAGCCAAGCUUUCUUUUAAGAAAUAAGAAAUGUUAUUUUAUAUGAUAUAAGCUGGAAGAAAAAAAAAAAAGACAGAGGCAGUGUUGUUUUUUUUUUUUUUUAUAAAAAUCAUCCAGAUUUGCACAACUGUUGAGUACUGUUUGAUUUUUAUUUUGUGAUGUCCUUUGUUUGUAAAUGUGGCCCCGAUGUAUUAGCAGACUUCUGGAUAGAAGUUGACUUUGAAGGGUCAUCUCUGCACGCACCUCAAGGCAUAUGCUCUCCUCCCCACGGUUAACACGAGUUACAUCAAGGGGAUGGAACAAGCCUCAGAUCUGGUAUUUCUGGCCUCUUUUAAAAGGUGGUUUAGUUAGCAGCAUUGGUAUUUGUGAUGAUAUGCUUUCUUAUUAUUUUGGUUAAUUUUUUAAAUUAUUUUAGUUUUAAGAAUAUGGGGGUGAAAUCCAAAAAAAAAAAAAAAAUUGUUUCAUGCAGAAAAAAAAAAAAGAAAAAGAAAAAAAGAAAAAAAAAAGAAAAAAACAUGUAAGUGCAGACUUCUUUUAAAUAUGAAUUUAUAUAUAUAUAAGUAUUUUUUGUGCAUUUAUAACUAAGCUAGGAAUUUAAUAUUGCCAGCAUAACAGCUACAGAGUUAUGUUGCUCGGCACCUCUAAACUAUGAAAGAUGUAACACAUUUCCCCAGCAGCGCUCAAGGCCUCGAUGAGCUUGCGUUAAAUCUAGGUGCAGUUUCCGACAUGUAUAGAAUCAAAUGGAUGCAAUGGAGCCGAUCUAAAAUAAGGCUUAGUUGUCCUUUAUAUUUAAAUAUCCUUGAAUUGUCUCCUUAUUUUCUCUCUUUCCCCCCUUUUUUUGCACUGUGUGUAAAUGCAAUCUUACUAGCACAAAAUAUUGUCGCAGAUAGGUAUUUCUGUUCUUCCACUGUAAAUGCUAUUGGGCUUUAUUCCAUUUUAUGUUUAUCUUGUUAAUGGAAUUUAGGAAAGCAGUUGUUUCUUUAAAUUUAUUGUGAUAUUCUAUAUCUAGCGGCCUUUAUAUGCAAAUAAAAUUGCAAGAUUUUUAAAUA